ACCCCGAUUCCAACCCUAACCCGGUCGGCGGUCGCCAUGGCGGAACCGCCGCCGCCCCUCCCGCAUCUUCUCCUGCCCACCGGGGAUCCUCCUCUCCUGGUUGUCCUUCCUGCUGCCGCCGGACCUGUAGCCGCUGCCCCUCCCGCAUCUUCUCUCGUCGCGGCCGGCCGUGAAGAUGCAGCUCCCGCCGGCGACGGCCGCGUCAGCCGCGGAUCCCGUCGCCACCGGCCGUGAAGCUGCAGAUUCCGUCGCAGCCGGCCCUGUAGAUGCUGCUCCUCUCGUUGCCGGCGCAUCAGCUUCUGCUCCUCCCGUCGCCGGCCCUGCGGAUCCCGCUGCCACCGCCGCUGCACCGGCUGCUGGACUUCGAGCUCCAGCCGGUGGACCUCCAUCCAGCGCCCCUAAAGCUGCAGGUCGUCGAGCUCCAGUUAUCUCCCUUAUAGGCACUGGACCUCCAGCUCCAGGCGCCUCCCUCACUUCCGGUGAGGAUGUGGCUUCUUCGACAUCUCCACAAUCCCCACCACGAAUUCCUGCAAUAAGGAUGGACCAGGCAUCAACAUGUGUGCUAGAAGUUAGGAUAUGUAGCAGUCAUCGUAACUUCAGCGGAGGUUUUUCCUUCAGUUGGAGCAUUGAUUUGCAUGUUAUCACUACUAUGAAGGGGUUUGUAGAUGCUAUUUCUGCACAAUGUGGGUACAAUUGAAUUGAUGACGGUGUCACUAUGGAGGUGAAAAUCCAUGAUGAAGAACAUAAUUGUCACAGCACAAGAAAAAGUGAUAACCUGAAGGCUGCUUCAAAGUCUUGGAUAUGUUCCAAGGUAAUUGAUUUGGUAAAAGAAGAUCCUAGUGUGACAUCAAUGGAGCUACGAAGGAGGUUGCAUCACAAGUACAAGAUUUGGAUCCGUUAUGACAAACUUUACACCAAAGCGACGCAAGGGCAAGUCGAAGGCAAAGGUGAUCCCAGCUGCAGCGGACAGCCCCGCAAGGAAGAAAAGGCAAGCAAACAGCCCGGCUAUGGCCACUCGUAGCAAGAAAAAACCGAAAGUGUGAACUUGUUUAUUUCUAUGACAUUUGUGGACUUGUUUUCUUGUCCUGGACAUUGGUCUCUUUUGUGCACUUCAAUUUCUUGUACUGGACUAUGA